AUGAUGCACGCCAAAUACUCCCCCACAAGCGCCUUGCUAGAUUUUGACAGAGAGGUUCACACUCCCUCGAUGGUUUCCGACGAGAGUUUGUUGAUCAGCUCGGAACGUUUCUCACCCUUGCCCGACAUGUCUGCCAUGCGAGCUGCGCAUUGGAGAGCUAAGGACAUGGAUGCCCCCGUGCCUGACAGCACGUGUGGCCCGUUGGGCCUGGCGGAGAUCCCAGCCAGCUCGUCGACCACUGCAGCUGUGGUCCAACCGCCGCUGGGCUAUGCGAAGGCCCCUCAGGACGUGAGGUCUUUCUUGGCACCAGAAACCUACUUAUCAGACCGAGAUUCGCCCGUCAGCGAUGCCGUAGGAUCUCUUUGCGCUUGGUCCAGUGCUUCCGGUACGGAAAUGAUGAGACCGUUGUCUACUUCAUCCAUUGACCCAGCUAUCGCUUCCACCACGGCUUCGCCCUUCAUGCAGCCCUACUAUACGUAUGGGUCUUCCCAAUCAUCGAUGCAACCACCUAUUCAAAGUGUCUCUGGUUAUACUCCCCAGCAGAUCGACAAAUGGUGCAUGGAGAGUGACCCAACCGGCGGGCUUUACCAGACAAACCCUCCUUACCCAGCAAUCAGCCCCCUCGCCUUCCCUUCGACAGAACUACCUCAAUCAUGCUAUCUAGCCUUCGCUGAAAACAUGACCACCACCACCGAGCAACAAUGGCUCUCUCCUCUCCCCGCAAGCUUCCCAACAGGCCCAUCCUCCACCUCCUCCAACACAGCCCACACCCGCGAUAGCAGCUUCCUCUCCCCAUCUCUCGACUCUUGCUCCGGAUUAAGCACCUCCCCAGCACCCACCAUCCUCUCCGACUUUGAACCCUCCUCUUCCCACCAACCAUCCACCACCCCCUUCCCCGCCACCGACCUCUCCCGCUAUGGCAUCCCCGCCGGCGAUGGGGUCUGGAGAUGCGCCCACCCAGGCUGUACUUCGCAGGCCCUCUUCCGACGAGGCUGUGAUCUGCGCAAGCACUUCAAUCGCCACCGCAAGCAUCUGUUCUGCCGGCACGAGGGUUGCGCGCAGUCCAAGCAGGGCGGGUUCUCGAGUAAGAAGGACCGUGCUCGCCAUGAGGCGAAGCAUAACCCGGGCAUUGUUUGUGAAUGGGACGGGUGCGGGCGGGUCUUCAGCCGGGUGGAUAAUAUGAAAGAUCAUGUGCGGCGGAUUCAUCGGCGUGGGGGAAGUCGCUGA